AUGGCCCGACUUUCGACUUCUUUGGCCAUUCUAAUUGGCGUCUUGUCGUCCAUCAUCUACCUGGUGGAUCGCAACCUCGACUCUUUCUACAUUUUCAAAACGGACCAUCUCCACGACCUGGCCAAACGCGGUAUUGCUGCACAUGGCAAUGAUACGCGCGCCAUUGUCGACUAUAUUACGACUGAGCUGCACGAGAUGUAUCCCAAGCAUGUCAACAUGAAGCAGGAGUGGUUUUUCAACAAUCAUGGCGGUGCCAUGGGAUCCAUGUUCAUCAUUCACGCCAGCAUAACCGAAUACCUCAUCAUCUAUGGCUCUGCCGUUGGCACCGACGGCCACUCGGGACGACACACGGCCGACGACUAUUUCCACAUUCUGACCGGCGAGGAGUGGGCGUACAAGGCGGGCGAGUACACGCCCGAGAUCUAUCCUGCGGGCAGCGUGCACCACCUCGAGCGCGGCACCGUCAAGCAGUACAAGAUCCCCGAGCACUGCUUUGCCCUCGAGUAUGCGCGCGGCUGGAUCCCGCCCAUGAUGUUUUUUGGUUUUGGCGAUUCCCUAACCAGCACCCUCGACUUUCCGACCAUGUGGACCACGACCGCUGUCACCGCGCGCGAGAUGGUUGGCAAUUUGCUGGUUGGCAAGUUUUGA